CCUGGGACUUAAUCGAGCCGGAGUCUCCAACCUUUCCUCGGGAACCGAACGUGAGGAUCCCUCGCCCGCCUCUUCAGCGACCGAGAACUCGUCCCCCAUUUUGAGCCCACGCCGUCCAUCAGGCUCCUUUGGAGAGACGCGAUUGAAGGACGGCACGGAUUUCUCCGCCCUCCGCCUGUGAUUGGUCGGCAUCCCCUGGGCUGAUGAGUGAAAUAGUGGCCCUGGCACAGCAGAAAAAGCUGCAAAGGCGAAGCGCGUUCUGAGUAGUUUUUGGAGGUCUUCGGUCUUUCUCUCGUCCCUGUCCAGAAUCUCCGACUAUCUCGCCAUUAUGACGCAGGCAGAGUUUGAUAAAGCAGCUGAAGAAGUGAAGAAUCUGAAGACACAGCCAUCAGAUCAAGAAUUGCUGGAUCUCUACGGCCACUUUAAGCAAGUUACAGUUGGAGAUGUAAAUACAGAACGCCCUGGAAUGUUUGAUUUAAAAGGCAAAGCGAAAUGGGACGCCUGGAAUAAAUUAAAAGGUAUGUCGAAAGAAGAUGCAAUCAAAGUAUAUAUAGCCAAAGUUAAUGAGCUGAAGGAGAAAUAUGGAAUGCAAUGAACUCCUGCCUGAAUGGAAAUAUGCUUCACCAACAAUAUGGAUACUUAAAUUGUAUAGCACACAGUACUGCCAACAGUGCCAAACAUUUGCCACUUCUGAAUAGCAAUGUAAAUUUUUCUUCUAAUGGUUUAUAGAAUAAAAAUACCCAGUCAGUGUUUAACUGAUUGGUAACAACA